CGGCGCCCGAGGAGGAGGAGGGCGAAGGGGCGGCGAAGGGGGUCGCCGCGGGAAGAGCAGGGCUGCCCCCAGAAGACGAGCCAGGGCCCCGCAGCACUGAGAACAUGAGUGAAAAACUGAAUGACUGCUUGGAGGAUAUGGUGACUAUCAAGACGGAACCCUGCUCCCCGUGCCAGGGAGAGGAAUAUGGACAACUUUGCUCUGGAAAAAUUGACUCCCAAUCUGUGGACGUGGAGCCUAAAAAGCUGAAAGGAAAGCAGGAUUUGGUCAUGUCCAAGAGUUUUCAGCAAGUGGAUUUCUGGUUCUGUGAGUCCUGCCAGGAGUAUUUUGUGGAUGAAUGUCCAAACCAUGGCCCACCUGUGUUUGUGUCAGAUGCUCCGGUACCCAUUGGCAUCCCUGACCGAGCUGCACUGACCAUCCCACCUGGCAUGGAAGUAGUGAAAGAACCCAGUGGGGAGCGAGAUGUGCGCUGUGUGAGUGAGGUUAUCCCUAAAGGUCGAAUCUUUGGACCAUAUGAAGGGAAGCUCUCCAGUCAAGACAAAUCAGCAGGCUUCUUCUCUUGGCUGAUUGUUGAUAAGAACAACCGCUACAAAUCCAUAGAUGGGACAGAUGAGACUACAUCAAACUGGAUGAGGUAUGUGGCCAUAUCCCGAGAGGAGAGAGAACAGAACCUGAUGGCCUUCCAGCACAGCGAGAGGAUUUACUUCCGGACUUGUCGGGACAUCCGGCCAGGGGAGAGGCUGAGGGUCUGGUACAGUGAGGAUUACAUGAAGCGACUGCACAGCAUGUCUCAAGAGACCAUCAACAGAAACCUCACAAGAGGAGAUAAAAAAUUGCUAAGGGAAAGGUCAGAAAGAAAUAUAGAAAAUCAAGAAGAUAUGAGCUAUCCCCUUGAGCUCACUACAACAAAGCAAGGGAAGAGCUCCUACAAGCGCAGCUUUGAAGAAGGUGUAUCACAACCCCAAACAAAGAAAAAGAGAAUAGAUCUCAUCUUCAAAGAUGUCCUAGAGGCUUCUCUGGAGUCAACAAAGAUGGAAGAGCACAAGAUAACAAAAAAUUCCACUCCUUCUACUAGAAAGUCCUCCAGAUUCCAUGUUCAAGAUGUCUCAGAAAGUUGUGGAACUGGUACUCAACACAGCUCCUCAAAUCACAGUAGAAGCAGAAAUGAGGGUGAGUGGAAGGUCCCCCAUGGUUCCUCUUUCACCAUGUCCAAAGAAAUUGGCCUGCUCGAAGAUGAAGGUGAAGAACCUUUGUCAUUCAAAGUGAACAGCCCCACUGAUAUGUCUCUGGCAUCAACUCAAGAUGAUGCCCUUGAUAUUCCAACAACUUCAUUGUGUCCCAACUGCAUACGGUUAAAGAAGAAGAUUCGUGAGUUGCAGGCCGAACUAAAUAUGCUAAGAUCGGGCAAGUUAGCUGAGCCACCUCUACUACCUCCUCAGGUACCUGAGUACCAAGCAUUUUCGUACCCCACAGCUUCAGAAAGUAUCAUGUCAGUUCCCACCAUCAUGGAGGAUGAUGACCAGGAGGUGGAUUCAGCUGAUGAAUCAGUCUCUAAUGACAUGAUCACAGCCACAGAUGAGCCCUCCAAGAUGUCUGCUGUUACCAGGAGGAUUCGGCGCUUCAAGCAAGAGUGGCUGAAGAAGUUUUGGUUUCUGAGGUACUCCCCUACACUUAAUGAAAUGUGGUGCCAUGUCUGCCGGCAGUAUACGGUGCAAUCUUCUCGGACUUCAGCCUUCAUCAUUGGCUCUAAGCAAUUUAAGAUACACACUAUAAAACUUCAUAGCCAGAGCAACCUCCACAAGAAGUGCCUGCAGCUCUACAGGCUCAGGAUGCACCCGGAGAAGACAGAAGAGAUGUGCAGGAAUAUGACUUUGCUCUUCAACACAGCCUACCAUUUAGCUAUGGAAGGCCGGCCCUAUAGUGACUUCAGGCCUCUUGCAGAACUACUGAGAAAGUGUGAACUCAAAGUGGUGGAUCAGUACAUGAAUGAGGGAGACUGUCAAAUCUUAAUACACCAUAUCGCUCGAGCUCUUAGAGAGGAUCUUGUCGAACGGGUCAGGCAAUCUCCCUUCCUCAGCAUCAUUUUGGAUGGGCAGAGUGAUGACUUACUUGCUGACACUGUUGCAGUUUAUGUACAGUAUAUCAGCAGUGAUGGGCCUCCAGCCACAGAAUUCCUCUCUCUCCAAGAGCUGGGCUUUUCUACAACUGAUAGUUAUGUGCAAGCAUUAGAUAGGGCCUUUUCCUCCCUGGGAAUAAGGCUGCAGGACGAAAAGCCAAGUGUUGGUUUGGGAAUAGAUGGUGCUAACAUUACUGCCAGCCUUAGAGCUAACAUGUACAUGACAAUCAGAAAGACCCUGCCUUGGUUGCUCUGCUUACCCCUUAUGGUACACAAGCCACACUUGGAAGUAUUGGAUGCAAUUAGCGGAAAAGAGCUUCCAUGCCUGGAGGAGCUGGAGAACAACCUGAAGCAAUUGCUCAGCUUUUACCGUUACUCCCCGAGGCUGAUGUGUGAGCUGAGGGUGACAGCUGCUACUCUCUGUGAAGAAACAGAGUUCUUGGGAGACAUUAGAGCAGUCAAAUGGAUAAUUGGGGAGCAAAAUGUCCUCAACGCUCUGAUCAAGGAUUACCUAGAAGUGGUGGCCCAUCUCAAAGACGUCAGUGGCCAAACACAAAGGGCAGAUGCAUCUGCUAUUGCCUUGGCUCUCCUACAGUUCCUUAUGGACUACCAGUCAAUUAAGCUGAUAUAUUUUUUGCUGGAUGUAAUUGCUGUACUUUCACGCCUUGCCUUUGUUUUCCAAGGUGAAUACCUCCUUGUGUCACAAGUAGAUGACAAAAUUGAGGAGGCCAUCCAAGAGAUCAGCAGGCUAGCAGAUUCUCCUGGCGAGUAUCUCCAGGAAUUUGAGGAAAAUUUCCGUGAAAGCUUUAAUGGCGUUGCUGUGAAAAACCUACGGGUGGCCGAAGCCAAAUUCCAGUCAAUUCGAGAAAAGAUAUGCCAGAAGACCCAGGUGAUUCUAGCUCAAAGGUUUGAGCCCCGUAGCCGUGCAUUUGUGAAGGCAUGCCAGGUGUUUGACCUUGGAGCUUGGCCAAGAAGUGCAGAGGAGCUGAUGAGCUAUGGCAGGGAAGACAUGGUGCAGAUAUUUGAACAUCUGGAAGCUGUGCCAUCCUUUUCCACAGAGAUCAACAGGGAGGGCAUGGAUUCCAGGGGGAGUUUGCUCAUGGAAUGGCGAGAACUCAAGGUGGAUUAUUAUACCAAAAAUGGGUUUAAAGAUUUAAUCGGUCACAUUUGUAAAUACAGACAGAGAUUUCCCCUUCUAAAUAAAAUAAUUCAGAUCCUCAAAGUCCUUCCCACCUCCACAGCCUGCUGCGAAAAGGGACGCAGUGCCCUUCAGAGAGUGCGCAAAAACAAUCGUUCCCGGCUCACUCUGGAACAGCUCAGUGAUCUUUUGACAAUUGCUGUUAAUGGGCCACCCAUUGCCAACUUUGAAGCCAAGAGGGCACUCGAUAGUUGGUUUGAGGAGAAAUCUAGCAAUAGUUAUGCACUGUCUGCAGAAAUGCUGAGCAGGAUGUCCUCCCUGGAUCAGAAACCAGUGCUGCAGAGCAUGGACCAUGGAUCGGAGUUUUACCCGGAUAUUUAGCAAGGAAUGCCUCAUGUUUAGAAAGCUGUUGAAUCCUUUUUGUUUUUUUUUUAAUCAAUACUUUAAGCUUUGAUAUAUUAUAUGAAUAUAUAUAUAUAUAUAUAUAUAUAUAUGUAUUAUAUAUAUGUAUGUAUGUAUGUAAACCCCACACUGAAAAUGUAAACUUGUCUGAUGGAAACUAAGAGGAAUUUUUAAGAACAAGACAACACUUAGCAUUUACUGACAUCUUCAACCGUGGCAGCUGCAAUGUAGGUGGCAACAUUUCAUUUCUUCAGAAACGUGUACUGGGGCCAUAGUCUGCAUUUCAAACUGGUUGCAUUUAUAAGCUAGAUGUGGCAGGCCAAUGUCGUCCUACUUCUCACUAUGCUUUUGUCUAUGUCUGUUUUAUUCUUUGCCGUUUGUUAGUCGGCUAUUGAGCCAUUUCAGCUCUUUGCUUAUGCUCAAGGGUUUUUCUGAACCGUGUUCAUACCUCUUGAAAUUCCUUUCCAGCUACCCUGUUUCUUCUAGGUCAGGGUGGAUUCUCACUCAUUCUUCUGGCAGUAUGGUUAACCUUUUUCCUUUCUGUCAACGAGCCCUUUCUUGGUAUCACACACCAAUGGGCAUUUUCAGUGUAAGGCAAACCUCCUGUGAAAAGUCUACUAACAAGUCAUUUAUCUUACAAUAAUGGUAGCAUGAUCAGAUGGAAAUAAGAUAAUGCAGAAGACAGGGAAUUUGGUGGGAAGGAAGGUUGUUUUUUGCAUUUAUAUUUUUAUAUAGUAGGAGAUAAGAGAAUUAAUUAAAACUCUUUACUGAAAACCCAGGCUGCUGUGGAAGCUAGAUAGCCAAUGAGCCAAGUCCCAUAAUAGGGUAGAGGCUCCAGGGCUUAAAAUAUAUGUAUACUAAUUUUAUGUUAUUUAUACUCAGUCUUUAUAAUCAUAAAUGGGUUGUGUCUUCUGUUCGUUUGGUUUUUUGUUUUUGUUUUUAAUGAGUGAAAGAAAUGCCUGCUAUAUUGCUGUAGCAGGAGAUAUCAAUGCAAGAUCCAUCUUUGGUUGUUAUCUUAGGGCAAGGUCCUUCUAGAUGUCUGCAUAUCCUGCUUUUUAAAGGUUUAAAGUUCCACUGUGUGGCAGAAAAAAGAAAAAGAAACAUUGUGCAUAUUCCUGUGGAAGGCUGCUUAGUCUGGCAGACAUGUGGGAUUUACAGCUGAAAUCAUAAAUGCAUUUGUGGAGAGCUGUCUGUCUGUCUGUCUUUCUCAACUUCAGUGGUUCAGGUUAAAUAAGUCCAAAUGAGCACAAAAUCUUCACUACUGUUUGUGCCCAUACCCUGCCAAAUAUGCCAUAGGGCAGUGCCAUGACAAUACUGGAUAAUGACAGGAAUCAAAGGAACCCCCUUUGCCUAGAAAAACAGCUAGGAUGGCAUGCUUCCAGAGGCAUUAACCUCAUGCCAGUCUGCAUUAUUUUGGAAAUACGGCAAUGAUGUCAGUUACACUGAACCUUUCCAUAUUCCUCCCUUCUACCCCCACCCCUUUUCCCCCAGCCCUUCCCUCUGGUCUUGGUGCUAAAGUAUCUCUGGAACUGUUGCUGCUAGAUGAUAGCUUCUCAUUUAUAUAAAUAUAUAUAAUUUUAUUUUUAAACAGUAUGUUUUCAGUGAUAAUGUAGCAUGUUGUUAAACCGGUUUUGUUUAGGGUAUAUCUGCACCAGUGUCCAUUGCUGCAUCAAUCAAUCCAUCCUUUUGUUGUCCAGGAUUAAUCUUCACAUUGUUGAUGGACAUAUGUGAUUAUAUUUUCAGGACUCUUAAAAAGACAUACACCAUAUCUAUGAUGUGGUUUGCAAAGGAAGUAGAAAAGGAGGGACAGUACCUUGAUGUCACCUCCAUAUGAUUGUAAAGUAGCUGAAGUGGUCAAGCUAACUAGGCCUGACUACCACCAGAAAAAAGAAGGUGGAGAGAAUAGCAAAAAGUGAGAUGUGUUGUCUGCAGCAAAUGUACUAUAUCAGCGUAAGAACCUUCUUUUAAAAAUGGAAUUAUAUGAUUAAGUAAAGGGGCAUCACUUGGAGAAAGAGGAGGGGAGUUAGGAAAGGAGACAUAGCAGACAUUAAUUGAGCUCAUUUGCACAGAUGUUGCUAUUUUUGUAAAGCAGUACUGAUUUCCAUGGUGUGUGUGUUUGUGUGUGUGUGUGGGGGGGGGGGGUAGGACAAGAAAUAGAAGGCCAAUUGAGGUAAUCAGGGCCAGGAGACAGCAUGAGGUGCAGACUGCACUGCCUCCUUGCACAAAAACAAACUGGUGCAGAUAUACCUUUAGUGAUGUCCACUGCCCAGAUUCAUGCACUGCCUUCUCACUCCACUUCCCCUGCCACACCCAGCCACCCACACACACAGAUACACAAAGUAUACAAAAUGAAACAAAGCACAGAUAUUGCUUGUCUGCUUUCCAAUAGUAGCCAGCAUCUCUCUAUCUUUCUCUCCCCCUCCCUCCCUCUCUCCCUCCCUCUCUCUCUCUCACACACAUAUUCUACUUUGCAAGCAGCAUUUUGGACUUAAAAUGCAUAUUUUCUAGUAUCGCCCACUUUGGAGUCAUAGUGGAGAAUGAGAUUGCUGUGGAGAGAAGGAAGUUGCUUUAGCAAAGAUUAAAGCAACUUAGUUUUGACUGUAAUUAUAGCAGCAUGAGUAUCAACGCAACUAUAGUACUUAAUAGAGAAUAUUUUUACAGGACUGUAGAACACUUUUCUAAGCAUGGCAACAUCUGUUUGGGGUUUAAUGAGCAUUGAUGUGACCAAACGUAACUGUGUGCAUAGGCAGUAAAAGAAUAGGAUUAGCAAUAACCACUUGCACCUCUAAAGGACUCAGUUCACUAGAGAGACUAACUCCAAGGCAGCUGCUGCCACCACUCACUGAAACAGGACACAAGAAGUUGCUGUUUAUGCAGCCAUUUCUACUAUCUUCUUCCUGACAAUGGUUUUUAGUUAUUUUAUAGGCCUGCAAAGUAUCUGUUGCCCAGUUGCUUGCAUAGCCCUGCAAUCUGGUAAAAUGAAAUGUUUUAACUAGUUCUUUCGGAAUGGAUUGAAAUAAAUAGGAGAAAUAAACAUUAUCAGAAUAGUGACAUACACAGUUCAAGAUAAUUUAUAGGAUUAAAAAUGUGGUUUAUACAUUGCAAUAUUCCCUUUAUGUGCUAGUAUUAUAGUAGAAUUACUAGACUAAGGAGACUAAGGAACGUCAACUCAAAUCAUGGUUUACAAUAAGAAGAGGACAUUUCUAAAGUACGCACACACAAUUUUUGAAACCUUGCCAUGAGGCAGUCUAGGUAAUUUGCAUUGCUUCUGCAUUAUCAUGUUUAACAAGAGGGAUUUUUCUAGAACAUAGAUUAUCUUUAGCCUCUGUCAAGAGAGAUGUUUCACUUUCAUGUUCAUGAGCCCAUCGGUAUUAUAUCCCUUCUGUGUCAUUGUCUAUCUUUGCCAAACUGUAAAGGAAGUCUGGACACCCCUUCUUGAAUCUGAUUUACUCGUAGGCACAAGUCUUAAUGGGUUGCAGGAGGCACAAAAUUAAAUUAACAGUAAAAUAGGUAUGGAAUGUUCUAUAUGUAUAUCAAUGUUGUAAAGGGGUCAGGGAGAGAUCACAAUGACCGGGAUGCUAAGAAAAGGAAAAUACUUGAUGCAAGUGUCUCUGAAAGCUUUUACUUCUUUCAUUUUUAGGGUUUUCGGAGCUGCCCAUGAGUAUGUUGGAAAAUAUGACCACACUGUAACUAAGUUAGGGUACAGUCCAGCCAUAAUUAAGCUAUUUAAAAUCUUCUUGGUUUCAGUAGAAGAGGCAAUUAUAUGAUUAUUUCACCAGUACAAAAAUUAAGGUUGGCUGGAUCAUGCUCUAUAUUUCCUGGCAAUUAACUCUCCUCCCAACCAAAAAAAAUGUUUUCUACUUAUGUGCAAAUAGUUAACCUAUCUCGAUCAAAACUAAGCUAAAGGGUUACACACUAAAUAUGCCAUUAGGCUCAUGAAACUAUACCUAGUGAGAAGUGUUGCUUAUUUUAAUUUUAAAAAGAUAAGCUAUUCGUAGAAUAAAUAUGUAGCUAUGUUGAAAUCCAGUCAUGUCAUUAAGUUGUAAUGUCCACAUCUAAUAUUCACUAGUAGCACUAUUAGGCCUCAAUCCUAUGGCUUCUAGAAGCUGUCUAGAUGUCCAAAGGGUAAUCUGAGUCCCAACUAUGACUUUAGAGAAGCACUCCAAGGCUGGAUCUGAGUCUCCAUAUUUGGUCUCUCCCCACCCUUGUGGAUGGUACAGUUCUUUUUGCACCAGCUGCAGCUCUGAGACCUCAAGAGCAAUCUCAGAGUUGACACUGGGGAGCAGGAAGGAAAGGAGCAAAAAAUCCUGGGGGUGCCUCUGGCUCAUUUCCUCACAAGUCAGUAUAAAGCACUUUGAUGUCUGAAAUGUAAGUGCUUUGGAGGGAGGAGCAGCGCCAAGGCAAUCCCCUCCUGUGUGCUUCUCCUCCUAUCCACUGAAUCCUCAUCAUCAUCCAAGUACAUAGGGAGCACAGGCAGCAGCACCAGAUGGAGUCCUUAGUUGUUUAGCCAGGUCCCAAGAAUCCAGCCUAUAACACUAUACAAAAUGAUGUGCAUUUGUCUCAUGCUUUAACUAAAAGCAAACAUUUGAUAAAUGUCCUAAUGAAUAAGAAUAAUAUAACAACUUUAUGAGCAUUGCUUAGGGGAUCACAUAGCAAGAUCAUGUAAUGACCUUCAGGAGCGUGUAUGUCUACAGCUAGCUGUGUAAGAAUGCUGGUUAAGAAUUACAAUAAAAACGUCAUAUUGCCAGCUAAAACAUACCUUUAUUCCAGUCAUCAUUUAUGUUUGGAGGAAGUGGAGCUUUGAAUAAUUGCACUGAGUCGAAUCCUUGCCUAUGCUUAGUUGUUAGCUCUAGCUAUCUGUUUGGCCACAAUUUCAAUCCAACCAGCCUGAAGAGAGGCUGGGGAAAAGUGUAAUGAAAAGUAAGGGACACUAGAGGGCAUCAGCCAUCCAAAUCCUUGGUGGUGCCUAGUGUGAUGCAGCAGAGAAGAACAAGAAUUAAUUUGCCUGCUGGAAAUUGCUUGGAUGGUACUUACUCAAAAUAUAUUUUGCAGGUUUCUCUUUCAGGGAGGAGAUGAAAGGGGUCAGGCUUCAAAAGUACCCAGCCAAAGGGUCAAGUUCAAAAUAUCCAAAUUAAGAAACCAAAUGAAUCAGGCAUCCUGUUAUGAAUAAGUGGUCUCUUUCGACUCUAAAUGACAAAGAGGUAUUAUUGGUAAUCAAAUGUUUUCAUCCUGUACAGCAUCUGACUGUGAUUGUCUGUGCAGAACUAUCUCUACCCCUUGAUUUCCUCUGGAAACUUUCAACUCUAAUGGGAUCUGAGUGCAGAUUUCUCAGUUAGCUCUCUGUUAACUCAGGCUUUUCUACAGGUGUAUGCUUCUGUCUGACAGCAACAUGCUAAGAAACACUGAUGUUAUUUUUCAUGCAGCCUUCCAGUUCCCAUGGCCAUCAAGACAAACACAACAGGGAUUGUAGUAGCAAAACAGGAAAUCAAAGCUCUUUGAAUAUCAGCAAAAACAGAAUAAGCACAAAUGCUCAGAGAAUGAAGCAUGUGCUCUUACAUCAGGCAUUGAGGCUAAUCAUAUGUGCAGAUUUUAUCUGUGGCUUGCACGUUUUGCUGGUAUGGGUUCCCAACUACCAUGCAAAGACUUGGCUCACACAGCAAAAAUGUGGCCACUAAAUGAUUUUGCUAAUGUUGUUUCUGCUAGCGAGUUGGAGCUGACAUUUCUAUAACAACGUGUUGGGAGGCCCAUAGGUUUAGUCAGAACCCCUCAAUUUAAACCAACCAACAUAUCUUCCAAACAGUAUUGACAUGGUACUAUGUCCCUCAGCCAUUGAACUCUGACAAUAUCUAUGCAAUUCCUGUCUCACAUUGGAGGCAAGUCAAAUGAGUCUGUUUGAAACCUGCUUUAUGCACACAAUACCUGCUUGUUUAAGGUGCAAUCUAAAGAAAUCAGCGAGACUUGAUCUUCAGAAAUCCUGUAAUUUACAGUGGGACUUCAGCACACACAACUUUCUCUGGAUUGCACUCAACGGGCAUGAUCCAGCUAAAGUCAAGCACUUCAGAGAUCCAUUGAUUUCAGUGGGGGAGAGUUGGGGACCCAUUUAAAUCAGUGUGACAAAGGACUUCAACUUUGGCUACACUUUGCCCAUAGUCUGUAUGUGUCAUAAAAAUCCAUAUACACAUGUAAAAAUGUAUCCACAUGCCUAUAUAUAUAUAUAUAUAUAUAUAUCACUAUAUAUAAAAAGACUUUAUAUUUAUAUAUAUUUCUAUGUUUUCAAUAGAUAAAAUAUGAAAUUUAGAAAAAGAACUGUCUGCUCUGGUGCAAAGGCAGGCCCUGUGUUAAUGUAAGAGGCAUACAGUCCUAAUGAAGACUAAAGUCCUCAGGUCAUUCAGGAAGGCUAAAUGAGUGGCUUUUAGUCUUACUCCAAGGUCUGUCUAAAGAGAGCUAUUCAGUAAUCAAUAUUUUGCUGCAGCUAGAAAAGGGAAUUCUGCUGGCAAAGAUGGUAAAGUGCUAAACACAGACUGUGUAACAGUACCGGAACCAUCUUGUGAUGGGCGGGGGUGAACCUGUUGGUGUUGCAUAGCUGUGGGUGCCUGUUCUCACUUUGGCUACCAUGUCCAACCUACUUGUGCACUUCCCCCCUCUGCUUGUGUUGACCGAAUGAGUGCGGAUUGCAAUACAGUUUGUGCUCUGGCUCGGUUGCUGGGUUUGCUAGCCAGCAAAGCAAAUGGUCUGGUAAACUUGGAGUGCAACUCAGGCAUCAGUUGUGUGUGGGCAAGUCCCACUAAUUCCAGGAGCACUUGCGUUCAUCCACCGCAUUGUAGGAGUGCAGCAUUUGUUUGUAGGAGGAACACAGGAUUUCAAAGUGAGGGAGAGAAUGGUUUAUAGAGAGGGGAUGUAGCAUAGGAAUAAAACUCUGAGUGCAAUGUUAAAUAGGUGAAUGUAUUUAGCCAGGGAGUUAUGCCACUGGUGUUCCCUCUACAUGCAGUUGCACUGUGUUUCCUUAGCUACCACCAUCCUUUUGGUUACGUUUCAAAGAGCAGCUACUUUUUCACUGUUAACUGAGCAAACUGGUUGAUCAUCUAAACGACUUUCAAGGUGGACAGUAGACUCAUACCAGACAGAGAACACUGUAUCCUGUAGUCCAAACAGAUUUCCGUAGCAUUGGCUUGAGGCAUUAUGACAACCACUCCAGCAAAAGCGUAAUGUGAUCAUGCCCUUUGAAUAUGAAUGGCAGAUUUGUGCAGUUUUCACUGAUGGUCUUUUGUAAAUAGGUGCUGAAAGGUCUUCGAGCUGGACAACCCAUUUCUUUGCUUUGAUUUAAGCAAAGCCAUUCAGUUUCUGAAGCUGAAAAAAAUAAAUUUUCAGUUAGUUAAACAGGAACCUUACACAUUAGGAUAACAAAAGACUUUUAAUACAAUGCUACUUAGUGGCUCUAUCCCAGGAAGGGGAUGGGGCGCAUAUAAGGUCAUCCAGGCACUAUGUAAUGCCUUAUGCAAGUUCCGUCGUCGUUGCUGUUGUUAUGAUUAUUGGGGGGAAUGUGGGAAUAGUUUUUCCUCAACAGAGUGACUACUUGCACUGGUGUUGUGCAGCUUUUCUGUUGAACGAGCUUGUGCCAUGCACCUCUGAUGAUGCAGCUUUGUUAUCCUCUUGCUAUAAUGUCAGGGCUUAGCCACCACACAACUCUGGAAACUCACCUCAGUUACAAACCCGGCCUACCUGAAACUCCACAAGCUUUCAGGACUGUAGAGUAUAAACCUGUACAGAAUGGCUACCUAGAAAACACUUUCCUCAGGACUGAACCUCAAGGGUAGUUAGUUACUUUCUCAUGGCUACUGGAUUCUUCUCCAGCCCGCAUGCUGCCAACAAAGCGCCCUUGCUCUGUACUGAAAUCCCUCAAGCACUGCACCUCAUGUAUAGAAAACUCCCCAGCCAGUGCAGGGGAGACACAUCGCACAGACUGUAAUUACAGAAAUGCAAGUAGGGGAGCAGCCAGAUUCCCCCUAUUCAGGCAUCUCCACAUACUCACUUUACAAGAAUCAAGGGGGGGUGAAAAUUUCUCCUCAUGUUUGCCUUUCCCCCCUUCCCCUCACCACCCCAGUCCAAAACUGUUAGUUUGACCAUGCACACAUGUAAAUGAGGGAGGGGGAGAAGCAAUCUAAAAAUCUAUUAUUACAUAUGUAUUAAAAUGUUAAUAUCACACUUUUUCUGACAAUGUUUUAAAAAUGUUAUUACUUUGCGGACUAUGCUUUAUAGUACCUGUGUGAGAGGGGCUAGGACACUGGAUACGAAUAGAGCUAUGUUGAUAUAUCAUUGUAUGUACACGAGAACUUUCCUUUUGUCAUACAUUAUACUUGUAAUGUAAGAUGAUUAUUAAUAAAAACACUUCAGUUUA